AUGGAGAAUGAAAAAGAAUAUUUUGGGGACGAUUUAACAAAAGGAGAUGAAGAGCUCGAAGACAUAGUUGUAGGAUUCUCUCCAAAACCUUCAUUCGCUGUUGAUGAAAAGUACAUUGCAUUGCGUGAAAAGGCCAAAGAUGAAAAACAAAUCCCUAAAGAAGAAAGCCUUGGAGCGGAAAUUAAGCCUACAGAUGAAAUAUUGCCGUAUGAAAAGCCGCCAUCGCAGGCUGAAGCUGAAUUUUCCGAAGAUACUUUUUUCGAUGAUAAGCCGAUUGAAGUUGACGAGAAACAGAAAGUCGUGGAGAGCAUUGGAGGAAUGACGGAAAUUGCUGAAGAAGAUACAGAGGGAUUUGAUGAAGGGAAAGAAAUUGCUGAAGAAGCAACAGGAGAAGUUGAGGAAGCCCAAAUAAGUGAACAAGAAGGAGAAGGUGAUUGGCGUCAAGGCUCUUCAAUGAAAGACGCAAGUGCUUUAUCAAGUGCAACAGCUGCAAUAAGAUUGAGCCUAACUAUGGAAUCAGAAGAUUCAAGAAAACCGAGCAUGGCAACAAGAAAAUUCACCAUAAUGUAUCCGGAACAAGCCAGAAUCAAUUAUGAAACCGAACUCGACGAUUUGAUGUUGGGCUUUGAGGAGAUCCAGGCACCCCAGCUGAUGAUGGAUCAAGAAACUGCCGAAGAAGAACAGCAAGUUGAGGAAGAGCAUGAAGAGGAAGAGCCAGCUCUAGACAGAACUCCGUACUACGAAGUACACAAUAAAACCUUAGAGGAAAUUACCGAAAAAAAGGUAAAAAGUUUCAUUUACCAAAAGAUGCUGGCCUUAUACUUCAAACGCAAGAACGUUGAUCAAGUUACAAGAGAAUCCGAUUGGUCAUUGACUCAGCAGAAUAAAUACAAUAGGAAACUGGAAACUUGGCAGGAAUUUUUGGUAUAUGACGAACAAGAAAGAGGCAAUGAGAAUCGCGAGAUACAAAUCGAUAGGCAAAAGAAGGAGGAAAAAUUUAAUAAAUUGCAAAAUAUGUUCAAGCAGAUGCAGACUAAGGAACGGGAAACCGGUGUUGGGUUGAUUUAUAAGAAAAGUGGAAAUGUUAUUGCGGAUAAGUUGGUAGAUCGUUUGAUUCACCGUCAAAAAAACACAAUGGAACAAAUCAGGUCGAUGCGCCUCCAAUGCAUAAAACUGAAACAAAUCCUGCACGAAAAAUACACAAUAAUGUCCGGUUUAGACGAAGUAUCUCCCGGUUUCUUAUUGGCCGAUUACGAGCAAUUAAAAGUAAUCAAUCAAAGUUACGCCGACAAAAUCGAAGAGAAUGACGAAGAAUUGGUAAGGCAGAGAAAAAAAUGCGCCAAUACGAUUCAAAUUCUGGCUCAUAUAAGAGAAAAAUCGACAGCUUUGGAUGACGACGUGAAUGAUUUGCAAAACGAAUUGGCGGAUACCUACGAUGAAUUUGCUAAAGUCCGUGCAGAGUUGAACGAUUAUAAACAGAGACGCGAUUCUUAUCGUCAUCGGAUUAUUAAAAUUAAAAAUGAGUCUGGGCUUUUGACUAAGCCAACUUUGUUGAAGGAUAUGCAAGAGGAAAUGGAUCAUUUUGAGGAACUAACACAACAACUAGAAAUCUGCAAACAACAAAACAUAGAGCUGGCGAAACGUCUCAGAAUAAUCCGAGUGAAAAUCGAGCAAGCUAAAGAAAUGAGAAAAAUAUCAUCGAAAAGACUGAUAAAAAAAGAUACCAGCCUUGUUUCUGGGACCUCAUCAGACACAGACACGAAACCAAUGCUUUAUAGAGGAAGGCCUUCGCUGAUGAUGCCCUUCAUUGACCCAAGGGCUUUCGAUUGCUUGAAAUCCAUCGCACCUCAACUCACUCACGAUCGAAGACUACACAACAUCAAGUGCAGUAAAACAAAAUAA